AUGUCGAAGCAGCGUCGGGAAAGUGCUCUGGCUGUGGUGCAGCGUCUCAAUGCUUCUCCUGUCAGACUGCUUCCACCUAUCCUUCAUAACGCGACAGAUGGCGGCUUGCGGCAGAGUGAUGUCCUCGUUGUCGGUGGAGCUCCAGGCACCGGCAAGACGACGUGGGCGUAUCGUGUUGCCGCACAACAUCUUAGCUGCGGCGGCGUCGUCACAUUUGUAUUUGUUCCUGGAAGCGGAAACUUUCAAAUGCGCCGCUUCAUGGAGUACCUCGAGAUGUUUGUGGUAACACCGGACCCCUGUGCUCUUAUUCCCCUGUGUAUUAGUUCUGUUUCCGUGGCAGGCGACUCUGUGAUGGAGACACGUCGCAAGGCGCUGUUGGGCGCGCUGGACCGCCUGGAGGUGGUGCACUGCGUUGACAUCAACGAUUUCUUUGUUUACUGCAAUCACGGGGCCGUUGGUGCCUCCUCCGGCGUGGGAUCACGGGAAGUGGCGGUUCCGCUUUUCAUCGUGGAGGGGUGCGGCGGAAAGGGCAGCUACCUCUAUCACUUGGAACGAGCCAUUGGCCACGCGGUGCCACUCUCUCAUUGGUUAAUUGGCUCUCUCCAGCGUCGGAGGCGGUGUGCGCUUAUUAUUAUAGAGGAGUGGGGGUCCGAGGGUGUGGCCAUGGCUACACGGCGUCGAUCUACGCGUGAAGAGAGCUUUUCCCCGUUUGUGUUGGCAGUGGAACAGGAGUCCGAGUUUCUUCGUUAUUUGCAUACAGAGACGCCGCAGAAGAAGGCUGCAUACCGCCACCAUUUUGCAAAACGGCAGCGAGCUGGGUCGACGGUGACCAUGACUGCCAGUAAUGCCGGCAGUGGCUGUACCGCGUCCACACAGGUGCCCUUGUCAUCGGAUUUAAUGGUAAGAGAUUUAAACUCGCACUUUGCGGGGAGUCUACGUUUGUUUUAUCUCUACACACAGAUGGUAUCGGUGGCAACUAGCGGGCUCUCCCCCGUGGCAAGUCUGUUGCAGUGGCGUCUUACAGAACAAAAUGCGGGUGACGGAAACAACGAACACACGGAGCUUCCGACAGAAUCGAACCGGCAGCAACGCUGGCCGCCGCCGCCGCCGACAGAACGGACUGCAUGUCUACGAGGGGAGGUACUUUGCGUGGCUCAGUUGUAG